AUGGUAAGCCAUCUUUCGCAUUGCUUGGAUAAGAUAUUGUUAGUGAAAAUGAUUGAACACUUUGUAGCGAGCAUUCUGUCGAUUCUGAAGCUUAGAGAGCACGACCGAGGAAUGAAGUAUGACGAAUUCUCAUACUCGGGACCGCAAGGCGCACCCAUCCAGUCGUUCCACCCGCCGUCAACCCGCCCUAGCGAGACAUUGUGUAACAAGGAGUCGGGACCCUUCUCCAUCACCACCGCACCGAGACAGAGGGUCUCCGGCAAGGCGGCACAGAAAACUCGACAGGUCAGCGAAAGGGAUGGGCAUCUGGGCAGAUUUUCAACAUGGCAGACUGUUGGUAUUAAGGCCCCCUCAGGUGAGAACACGUUUGUACACAGCAUGAAGGAAAAAGCGCGGAAGAUACAUCAGUUUCCUCCCGGCGCGUAUCAAAAGAUCAGCGUAGAACAGGCGGACCCACGGAACGGAGCGGCAGAGCCGCAUCGCAGGAGACACACGGGCGACGGAGGGCAAGGGAGAGUCAGCCAGGCAUUCUCAUCUAUCCAUUUACCCAUCCAGAGAGGGAGACUAGAGAAUCGUCCAGUGUCUGGCUCGUGCGUUGGCGCAAGUCCUGCAAGAAAGGGGAGAGAAAGACAGGGUAUGUCCCGGCAGAUGCUGCCCGGCAAUUGGAUCCCGUUGGAGGCCGAUGAGGACGAGCGCGACUUACAGCAGCGGGAUGCUGCAUUAUCUGCGUUUAUCGUAGGCCACUGCAGUCAGGACUGCAUGCUAGAGGCCCAUCAGCCACGUUUCGAGGGUUCGUCACGAUGCGUCAAGUGCCGGUACGACAUCCUCCUCGUCCAGACAUGUCCGCCACGCGUCCAGCUUCCUUGGGAGGCCGCGCCCAGCGCCGAGCCCCCCGUCAAGUCUGGGAAGUCGAGUUGGCUGGUCUGGGCAUCCAUGGCCCCCAAGAGAAAAAGUCGCCAGAUCACCACCAAGGAUCACGUCGAUGAAUCGCUGACGGGCACAACGGGGUGGGAUUGUGGACUGAUGAUGACCAUGAGAGGGGCUGAUGAGAGUCAAUGCAAAUGGGAUCUCCCAAACCAAAAUCCCGGAAUCCAUCCAAACCACCACAGUGACAGCGAAGCCCCUGGUCCAGCCAGGCACGCCGUCAAGUGCGCCAUCCUCCUUGUCGUGCUUACCUUCACCAUGCCAAUCAAUCACCCGGUCUCUCUUUCCCCCUUACAUCCCUCGGUCCAGUCCGUGACAUGCAGCCCCACCCAUCGUCUUUUCCCACCACAGAACGGUGAACCCGCCCAUCUGAGUGGUCCCUGGUCAUUUGCUCCAAUCACACCCAAUUAUCUGCAGGGAAAGAGUCAGGGGUCCAGGCACCGAAUUGCCGUUCCUUCUCCCAUCCAAUCGAUCCCCGCUGCCAUUCCAGAAGGUCUGGAGCCCACACUGCCAAUGCCAACGGCUCUGCUUUUUUCCACGUCCAUCGUAUCUGUCAAGACAUCGUCGCCUCAACUUCUCGGUCUGCUGGCGGCGGCUUCGGCGGUUGUGCUUGUGCAGUCCGCGCUGUGCAUUAGGUUAUUAUUCUCCGAGCGCUGGUCCGCAGCCACACGGCACAGACGUCAGCAACACCAUCACGAACCAUCUCGACCACCUUCUAAGACCUCCCCCAACUCUCACCGCAACCGCGCACCGCCGCAAUGGGUUUCAACCCUGAAACUCCACCCGCUCAUCUCGGUCCUCCAUCCCCAAAGAGGUCACCAUCCCCCCCUGUCUUCAAGCUCUCGAGGUCGAGCAUGCCCUGUCCCUCGAAUGCUUAGCAUCAAUAGUCAAAAGAUGUUCCCACUCAAAGAAGGCUUGGGUAUGGGUCCAGAGACGCAGCUGGGCCUCGUCUCCGACACCAUAUUUUGCCCCUCUCUGUCCCAGUCUCCCUCCCUGCCUUUGGUGUGUACGAGGUCGAACACCGAGGUACUCGCGCCUACCCGGUACCACCGCCCCUGUCGAGACGAGUUUCGUCACAGCCCAUCAUCGUCCGAUAUCACAAAACCCGUGUCCCUCUUUUUUCUUCCUCGUCUUCUCUCACCAUCUCAACUCCUCGUCUCACGAUCACCAACCAAGUACACCUCCCAUACCUAUACCACCAAACAGCCACCAAUACUCCGUACCAUACAACGAACAUACGGCCUCAAGCAAGACGCAUACAACGCACGAACCCGCACACGCACGCCAAGAGAUCUGCACGCUCACACACACCUUUUCGGGCUUUCACUCUUAACACACCAACAUCCCACACAUUCUUCCUACCCAAAGUCUAAAUCCUUUCCACACACCAUCACCUACAUCACACCUCAACCUCCAGCUGGUCUGAUCCAAAAACCUUGCCUUCGCUAUACAUAUUUUUCUGCCGACCUGCCGCUCGACGUCCGUAACAACAACAACAACAACUCCACGAUCAUUCGGAGAGAAGGAGGAUUCUGGAAAUCAAAGGGAACAAGAAAAAACAAGAAAGCGGGAUAUCAGAAAGAGACUGGAAUUGGGGAACCUCGUCAACGAAACCGGUCCGAUUCGCGCGUACGCAAAGGCAGCUAUCUUGAGCCGCCUUCCUUUUUGUUUAAUAUACCCUCUCCUCGAACACCAACCGACGACGACAAGAUGAAGGUCUCACUCGCGAUCCUGACGACGCUGUGCGCGUCACUCGCCACCGCAGGCGUGGUUAUCACUCCCGUCCGUCAAAAUCAGGUCGUGCCCGCAGCACAAAAGGUCUCGGGCGACUGCUUCUUUGGUGUUGUGACGCCUCAAGGUUGCGCUCCUUUGAGAACGGGAAACGGCGGGAAAGAGACAGGCCGGAGCUCGUCGGGAGCAUCAUCCAUUGCUCCGACGAUUCUGAUGAACCGCCUCACUCCCGGCCUCGCCUCUCCUUUCUCUACGGCCAAUUUUCACGACGGAGAGGACCACGACGCCAUCGGGCCCGUCGUCUGUACCAUUUACGACUUAUUACAUAUUGAGAGCGAGACGGAAGUGGCAGAGACAUGGGAGGACGUCGUCAGUGGACCUUACAGAGGAGGAUUAUGGUCACCCCCAAAACUAAUGUUGGCAUCCAAGACGUCGCGUCUGCUUGUUUUUGCUUGUCUCGCCGCUGCGCUUCCCCUACGGACCUCCGCGGGGUGGAAGCGCCGGCAGCACAGCAUCACCAGCGCAAUCACCCUUUUCCCAACUUACAAGAAUUUCAAAAAUAUUGGAUAUCACCCCCCGUUUCCCCCCUUCGUUGAUGAUGCGACUAACUGCCUGAGACUCCAUGGCGCCCAUCAAACACCAACACCAUACCAAGUGGCGCAACGCCUCGCGCAGCGGCUGCUACAACCAUCUUUCCCCCCCUCUCACCGCGACAAACGCACGUCGUCCAUCCACCCCCGCCAGCCGCAAAUUCUGAUACGCGAAACCACCUCAGACUUCAGACGCCUACCUUGUCCAGUAAAACCCGAGACCAAUUCCCCCAAUCCCCCGCCCGUGCCUCGGUUUCGUCCCGACUUGGCCGUGUUCCAGAUCCCCCAAUCCGGUCACUCUUUGUCUCUCGUCCUGCCCCCAAACCCCACCCCAGCCAGCGGCAACCGUUUUGCGUACUACCGCUCUGCGCGCGCGCGUACCUGGCCGUCGACCUGGAUACCUGGGCCUGGCGCUGUUCCCUCCCCCUCGGUCCCGAGACAAGUCGAGUCUUCGACACCCACACCAACCACUUUGCCCACGCGUCAGAUGCGCAGAAAAUAG